GGCUCUGUGCCAUCAUCCACUACCUUAUCCACGGGCAGCUGGGCUGGUUCGGGCUGACGGUCGCCUGCGUGGUGCCUGGCUACAUGGCUCAGGUCCUCAGCAUCCUCUGGUUCAGGGCGGACGGCCGCCCGCCCGGCUGCUGGCUCCUCGUGCUCCACCUCCUGCAGCUAGGCCUCUGGAAGCGGUACUGGGAUGUUCUGUGGAUGGUGGCGAAGACAGGCGGCAGUGCCAGUGCCGGAGAGGUGCUGAUGCAGCAUGGGGACGUGUGUGUGCUGCAGCUCCUGGAAGCCCUGCUGCAGACCCUGCCUCACCUCCUGCUGCAGGCAUACAUUGUUGUGGCAGUCGACCCAGCAGGCUUUGUCCCUGGUGUCAGCGCGGGGCUGUCCCUGCUCUCCCUUGCCUGGGCUUUGGUCUCCUACAGCCGCUUCUCCUGCCUGCUCAAGCCCGGUCACCUCCGCCUGCCGGCUGCAGCCAUCCUCUGCCUGCUGCUCUGGAGGACAGGGAUGCUGGGGACCAGGGUCCUGGCCCUGGUGCUCUUUGCCAGAAACUAUUCCUUUUGGGUUUUUGCUGUGGCAGGUGUCCACUGGUUGCUCAUGUCCUUCUGGCUGGUAGCCCAGCAGACAGACAUUGUGACCCAGCCCUGCCACUGGAGGCUGUUCAACUGCCUGGUGGGAGCCAUGUACAUCUUCUGCUACGUUAAUGUCCGGCCUGGCCCCUCCAAGCACAGGGUGGCUGUAUUUUAUGCAAUAAUGCUAAUGGAAAACACCCUCCUGCUGCUGUUGGCCACCCAGUUCCUGCAGGCUGAGCUGAGGGACAGCCUGUGCGUGACUGGAGCCGUUAUGUCAGGGUCUGUAAUAGGUGCCGCAGCCCUGGUGGUGUAUUACAGCCUGCUCCAUCCCAAAUCCACAGAGAUCUGGCAGGGCUUCCUGGGGACAACCUGCAGCACUGCAGCUGCUGGUGAUGACAAGAUUGCUGGAGACAGCUCCCAGGAUGGGCAGAGUUUGGGAAUUUCUGGAGAUGGAGGGUCCUUGGCAGGGGCAGGGACCAUGGCAGAUCCCAAAAGUGUGAAUGGCUCAUUGCUCCUACAAUUCAGAGGGUGUUUGGAGGACAGCUGGACAAACCAUCACCACUGGCUGCUGGUGAAGCUGGCCUUGAAGACAGGAGAUAUGUCCACAAUCAAUGCAGCUUUUGGAGAUAGUGGCAUGGGAGAGGUUUUCCCUGGCACAUGGAUGAUGGGGAAACCUACUGAUGUUGAACCUGAAGCAAACCUUUCCCUCCCCACAAGGGAAACCAGUCCUCGGGGUGUUGAAUGUGGUCUGACUGAUGGGAAAUGGCAGGCAGUGGGGAAUGCAGGAGGCAGCACUGUGAGAACAGCACAGGAGGAUGGAGUAGGGCAGGAGCCUGGUUUUCCCCCAGCCAUAUCCUUUCCCAACAGCUUCUCCCCGGAUCCAGCCGAGGGUUCUUCUGUGUAUUUCAGUGCAAGUGCAGGAGGCAUCACCUCGCCCAGCGCAGGGACAGUCCCAGCUACAAGCAUGGCCCUGGUGCAAAGGGACAGUGGAGCCCAUGCUUCUCCAGGCUGCCUGAGAGAAGGAGGAGGAGAGGAUUUAUCCCUUGAGGUAAUGACCGCCAGCCCAAUCCUGGGCACUUGUGCUCACAAGCAUCUGCAGCACAGCUCUUCCCGCAGCAACACAAGUGGCAGUGGGGUGGUGGGUUACCCCAAAGAGAGCUUGGAGGCUGUGGGGCCAGGGGGUGCCCUCAUGGAGUGUCAUCACCUUUGGGACACUCACUGCGGCACGCAGGGGACUGUCAUAAGGAGCAAGCUGAGGCCACCACGCUUCACCUCCACCCCCAAGGCUGGCCCUGGAUGCCCACAGUGA